GUUCACAGAUUGAGAUCUGAUAUUUUCAGACUGAAACCUUCAUUAAUGUAGAUUACACAGGUAACUAAGCUUCACUACUUUGACCCAAUGGAGUGAGACAAAAACUAAAAAGGAAUCUGAAUUGAUUGGGCAGAGACUAAAAGGGAGAAAAACAUACCAGUCUCCAUUCAUUGUUUCAUGGAUGUAACCUUCUGUAAUGGAAGAUGAUUGAAGACAAGGGGCCUCGUGUUGCUGACUACUUUGUUGUAGCAGGAUUAACUGAUGUUUCAAAGCCUCUUGAAGAAGAAAUUCACUUCAAUGAUGCCUGUCAUAAAGUAGCAAAACCAAAAGAACCUAUCAUUGAUGUUUCAGUUAUCAUUAAAUCUCUUGGGGAGGAAGUACCACGGGAUUAUACGUGUAUUGAUGUUACCCCAACUGGACUGUCAGCAGACCUCAAUAAUGGAAGUCUUGUGGGACCCCAGAUUUACCUUUGCUAUAGAAGAGGAAGAGAUAAACCUCCACUUACAGAUCUGGGGGUUUUAUAUGACUGGAAAGAAAGAUUAAAACAGGGCUGUGAAAUUAUUAAAAAUACUCCUUAUGGGCACCCAGCAAAUAUUAGCGGCAGUACCUCAUCCCAAAGGAUUUAUAUCACUUACCGAAGAGCUUCUGAAAACAUGACUCAGAAUACAUUGGCUGUCACAGACAUAUGUAUUAUUAUACCCAGUAAAGGAGAAAGCCCACCACACACAUUCUGCAAAGUUGACAAGAAUCUCAAUAACAGCAUGUGGGGAUCCGCAGUGUAUUUAUGUUACAAAAAAUCCGUGGCAAAGACUAACACUAUAUCUUACAAAGCUGGUCUAAUUUGUAGGUAUCCUCAAGAAGAUUAUGAAUCAUUCUCACUACCAGAAUCUGUUCCCUUGUUUUGUUUACCAAUGGGUGCAACUAUUGAAUGUUGGCCACCAAAUAGCAAAUACCCUCUCCCUGUAUUUUCUACAUUUGUGUUAACUGGAGCCUCAGCUGAAAAGGUCUAUGGUGCUGCUAUUCAGUUUUAUGAACCAUACUCAGAGGAGAAUCUCACAGAAAAACAGAGACUCCUUUUGGGAUUAUCUCCAUUGGCAGAUGGGAAGUCUGAUCAUUCCAAAACAAUUCACACUAACAAAUGCAUCUGUCUUCUUUCUCACUGGCCUUUUUUUGAUGCAUUCAGGAAGUUUCUCACUUUUUUGUACCGUUAUUCCAUCUCUGGGCCUCAUGUCCUUCCAAUUGAGAAGCAUAUUUCUCACUUUAUGCAUAAAGUUCCUUUUCCAUCUCCUCAGAGACCAAGGAUUUUAGUUCAGCUAUCACCACAUGAUAAUUUGAUUCUCAGCCAGCCAGUUUCUUCACCUCUUCCAUUAAGUGGUGGCAAGUUUUCAACACUACUUCAGAAUCUAGGCCCUGAAAAUGCGGUGACACUACUAGUCUUUGCAGUAACGGAACAUAAAAUUCUCAUCCAUUCCUUACGGCCUUCUGUGCUUACUAGUGUGACAGAAGCCUUAGUGUCUAUGAUUUUCCCUUUCCACUGGCCAUGCCCGUAUGUUCCUCUCUGCCCACUGGCCCUGGCAGACGUCUUAAGUGCACCCUGUCCAUUCAUAGUAGGGAUUGAUUCCAGAUACUUUGAUCUCUAUGAUCCUCCACCAGAUGUCAGCUGUGUUGACCUUGAUACCAACACCAUUUCUCAAACUGGUGACAAGAAGAAUGUAGCCUGGAAGAUUCUUCCAAAGAAGCCAUGUAAAAAUCUGAUAAAUACCCUGAAUAAUUUGCACCAGCAAUUAGCAAAAUUGCAACAGAGACCGAGAGAUGAUGGACUAAUGGACUUAGCAAUGAAUGACUACGAUUUUAAUUCUGGAAAAAAGUUGCACAUGAUAGAUUUGGAAAUUCAGGAGGCAUUUUUGUUUUUUAUGGCCUCUAUUUUAAAAGGUUAUAGAUCAUACUUAAGGCCAAUAACACAAGCCCCAUCUGAGACAGCAACAGAUGCAGCUUCUCUUUUUGCCCUGCAAGCUUUCUUAAGAAGUCGGGACCGAUCACAUCAAAAAUUCUAUAACAUGAUGACCAAAACUCAAAUGUUUAUUCGCUUCAUUGAAGAAUGUUCUUUUGUCAGUGAUAAAGAUGCAAGCCUGGCGUUUUUUGAUGAUUGUGUUGACAAAGUGGAUAUGGACAAGAGUGGCGAAGUGCGACUCAUAGAACUGGACGAGUCUUUCAGAAGUGAACAUACUGUCUUUGUAACACCACCUGAGAUCCCCCAUCUGCCCAAUGGCGAAGAACCCCCUUUACAGUACAGCUAUAAUGGAUUUCCAGUUCUUAGGAACAAUUUAUUUGACAAACCUGAAGGAUUUCUUCAAACACAAAAGAAGAAAUUACCUUCAAAAUCAAGUAGUCCUAGCAGCCCUUCGCCUAUGUUCAGAAGAACAAAACAGGAAAUUAAAUCAGCCCAUAAAAUUGCCAAGAAGUAUUCUUCUAUCCCUCAGAUGUGGUCUAGGUGCCUUCUGCGUCACUGCUAUGGACUGUGGUUUAUUUGUCUCCCAGCUUAUGUGAAAGUAUGUCAUUCCAAAGUUAGAGCUCUGAAAACUGCAUAUGAUGUGCUCAAAAAGAUGCAGUUGAAGAAGAUGGACCCACCUGAUGAGGUGUGCUACCGCAUUCUUAUGCAGCUUUGUGGACAGUAUGACCAGCCCGUGCUUGCAGUCCGAGUGCUUUUUGAAAUGCAGAAAGCCGGCAUUGACCCCAAUGCGAUCACUUAUGGUUAUUACAAUAAGGCUGUUUUGGAAAGUACCUGGCCUUCAAGAAGUCAUAGUGGCUAUUUUCUAUGGACAAAAUUAAGAAAUGUUGUUUUAGGAGUAGCACAGUUCAAAAGAGCUUUAAAGAAACAUGCACACUCAUCACAAACAACUCUUUCAGGUGGCCAGUCUGAUCUGGGAUAUAAUUCACUAUCUAAGGAUGAAGUUAGAAGAGGGGAUACAUCUAUUGAGGAUACUCAGGAAGAAAAAAACAAAAAGGAGAGUGAUUCUAGUUCCUUGUCAGAGAAUGAGAGUGCAAAAGGAAGCGCUGACUGCCUUCCUACACUCAGUUAUCAAAGUUCUUCCAGUAUAGUUCGCCUCAGUGCUACAAGUAAGAACAAUGCUGAUAAAAUAUCUGGAGAAAGCACAGAAAGCACACCUGAGCUGCUCUUAAUGUCAUCUCUAGAGGAUACAAAUGAACCAGGAAAUAUUCAAGCUAGAUGCUUCAAAAAAAGACAUAAAAGUGACAGUGAACCUAAUUUGCAGCAACAGAUGUCCUGGGGAACUAGAAACCGGAAUCUUAGUGGAGGGGUGCUGAUGGGACUUAUGCUAAAUAGAAUUAACAAGGAAACAAACCCCGGAGAUAUAGUUGAAAAAUUAGGUGCUGAUGCAAAAAUUCUUUCAAAUGUUAUCUCCAAAAGUACAAGACCAAAUAGUCUUGAUAUUGGAAGGCCACUGUUACGGUCAAAAAGAGACAGUCUAGAAAAAGAAUCCAGUGACGACGAUACGCCUUUUGAUAGUUCUAACUGUUUGGCAGAUAAAGUGGAUUCUCCUGUUAUUUUUGACUUAGAAGAUUUAGACAAUGAAUUAGACAGGUCAAAAGUGGGGUACACUGCUGCACCACAUCCUAAGACAGUGCAGCGUAUGAAUAGCAGCUUUUCAGUAAAACCUUUUGAGAAAACUGACGUUGCAACAGGGUUUGAUCCCCUCUCUCUUUUGGUUGCUGAGACUGAACAGCAACACAAAGAAGAGGAGGAGGAAGAGGAAGAUGACAGCAAAAGCAUUUCUACACCCUCAGCCAGGCGUGACUUAGCUGAAGAAAUUGAGAUGUAUAUGAAUAACAUGAGCAGUCCUUUGGCAAGUCGUACACCAAGUAUUGAUCUACAGCCAGCAUGUGAUGAUAAAUUGACCAAUAAGAAAAGUCCAACAUUGGUCAAGGCCUGCAGAAGAUCUAGCCUGCCUCCUAAUUCUCCUAGGCCAGUGAGACUUACCAAAUCUAAAAGUUAUACCAAAAGUGAAGAGAGACCGAGGGAUAGACUCUGGUCCUCUCCAGCCUUCUCCCAUACUUGCCCAUUUAGGGAAGAAGCUCAAGAGACAUUAACCCAUUCGUCACCUUCAUUUAACUUGGAUACACUGCUAGUACCUAAACUAGAUGUGUUAAGGCACAGUAUGUUCACUGCUGGAAAAGGAGUUGCAGAGAAAGCAAGCAGAUGGUACUCAAGAUUCACCAUGUAUGCCAUGUCAUCAAAGGAUCAAAGUUCUGAUCGUACCAGUCUUUCUUCAGUGGGAGCCCAGGAUUCUGAAUCGACCUCUCUGACCGAUGAAGAUGUCUACCAUGAGUUGGAAGGCGCUACGUCCUCCCAAGAGAGCAGUGCCACUUCUGGGACCAAGGGAAUUGAUGUCAGCCGGAUGAGCCUGGAAAGUUCUGCCUCCUUAGAAGGGUCCCUGUCAAAGUUUGCUUUGCCUGGGAAAUCAGAAGUGGCAUCUUCCCUCAACACCAGUAAUACAAAUAUCUUCCAGAACUAUGCAAUGGAGGUUCUCAUCUCUAGCUGUUCUCGGUGUCGAACAUGUGAUUGUCUUGUCCAUGAUGAAGAAAUCAUGGCUGGAUGGACAGCAGAUGAUUCAAAUCUCAAUACUACCUGCCCAUUCUGUGGCAAUCUUUUCUUACCCUUUCUCAAUAUUGAAAUAAGAGACUUAAGACGACCUGGCAGAUAUUUUUUGAAGUCAGCUCCAUCUGCGGAAACUGUGCACUUUCCAUCUUCCUUUUCAAGUCAGACAAGGCAGUCUUGCAUUUCAGCAUCAGCCUCUGGUCUUGAUACAUCUGCUGUAUCUGUUCAAGGGAAAUUUGAUCUAAACAGCAAAUCUAAACUGCAGGAAAAUCCCUGUACCCGAAGUAUUCAGAUUCCCACCAAUAGAUCAAAAACAGCUAUAUCAAAAUGCCCACUAUUCCCAAUGGCCAGGAGCAUUAGUACUUACGGCCACUUGGAUAAAGAGGAUUCUGGAGGACAGAAACUGGUUCCUACAGGCAGCCUGCCGGCUACUUUACAAGGGGCUACACAGGAUUCUUUAGGGUUAGAAUGGCACCUUCCAAGUCCAGAUCCUGUCACAGUUCCAUAUCUCAGUCCACUAGUUGUCUGGAAGGAACUUGAGAGCUUGUUGGAAAACGAAGGUGACCAUGCAAUAACAGUGGCUGACUUUGUGGAUCAUCAUCCAAUUGUUUUUUGGAAUUUGGUGUGGUAUUUUAGGCGUCUUGACCUCCCAAGUAACUUGCCAGGAUUGAUUCUUUCUUCUGAGCAUUGUAACAAGUAUUCAAAGAUUCCCCGCCACUGUAUGUCAGAAGAUAGUAAAUAUGUUUUAAUACAAAUGUUAUGGGACAAUAUGAAAUUACACCAGGAUCCUGGACAGCCCUUGUACAUCCUCUGGAAUGCCCACAGUCAAAAUCGUACUCUUUUGUUUGAGACCCAAAAGUAUCCAAUGGUCCAUUUGUUGCAAAAAAAUGAUAACUCAUUUAACCAGGAAUUACUGAAAAGUAUGGUUAAAAGCAUUAAGAUGAAUGAUGUCUAUGGACCAAUGAGUCAGAUUCUAGAGACACUGAGUAAGUGUCCACAUUUUAAAAGACAGAGGAGCUUAUACCGAGAAAUACUAUUUCUUUCACUUGUGGCGCUGGGAAGAGAAAACAUUGAUAUAGAUGCAUUUGACAAAGAGUACAAGAUGGCAUAUGAUCGCCUCACACCUAGUCAAGUCAAAAGUACACACAACUGUGACAGACCACCGAGUACAGGAGUAAUGGAAUGUCGAAAAACCUUUGGAGAACCUUAUCUUUAAGAUGUGUGUGUGUACAUUCAAUGUGUAUUGUAUAGUCAGUCGGUUGUACAAAAUAACACUUUUAGACUCUAAACUUUUUUUCUUAAAUUUUUGCGAGUGCAUUUGUAAAUGGUUUGGAAAGGUCAGAGUGAUUAUGUACAGAAUGCUUUCAGAAGAGAAUCAUGACAAACAGGGAGAGACACUUUGUUUCCCCUUCUUUAUUCUUUUACCUUUAACUCCUUGUAAGUAUUUUUGUGAUGAGGAAAUCCCUAAAUUGAUCGCCAUAAAAUGGAACAACUUUUUUUUUAUGGUUUCUUUGGAAAGAGAUGGAUGGGAAAUUCAUGUGUGAAACAUAAACAGAAAUUGAAGAUCAACAUAUCUCCUGUUUUCAUAGAUUAUUCAAAUGUUUUGACCGUGACGUUGUAUUAUACAUAUUUUAAAUUGUUUAUAGUAAGUUGAUAUUUUUUUAAUUUUUAAAUUUAAUAUAGCAAACUUAAAAUGAAUUUAAACUUAUGAAGCAAGUGUUUAUUGUGUCUGCUGCUAUUUGAAGUAAUUAGUACAGCUGCAGAUGUCUAUGUAAGUCUACCAAUCUCUUUUUUUUUUUAUUACUUGGGAGAGUAAAUUUAAAUCGUCAGUGCUAGUGUCGGUGUCAUCCUAGGAUUGCAUGUUAGCCCUGAGCCUGACAGUGGUGAGCAUAUCACAGCAGUGUGCACUGCCCAGUGACUCAGCGAGCCUUGUGCAAGGAAAAGGAAAGCAAGACAGGUUCACUGUAGGUCCAGACUCUCCAUUAUUGCUUGUGUACACCUAACAGUACACAAAGGAAAUGGCUCGUAAUCCAAAUAUCAAUUUCAAUUGUAAUGUACCUGAAAACCUACUUUGGGAAAUAUGAUAGUUUAUUCCAAAUUUCAUCGUUAUUUUGAUACCUAAAAUGCUGGGUUUAAUGCAAAUUGUCCUAUAAAAUAUUUAUCUGAAAUAUGAUUUACUGAUAUAUUCUGUUAAUACUAUAUAUAAAUAUUCAGAGUAUUUUUUGAAAGUAGAAAAAUAGUAAUCCUCUGAAGUAUAGCCAGGUAGAAUUUCCCAUAUUGAGGAACUUAGCUUUUUCAACAAGCUUCAGAAUCUGAAGUUUAUGGAAUCUAAAAUGCAGAAAUAUCCAUAAAUCAAACAAUAAAUUGACUGUUUAAAUACCAUGGGUAUUUAAUUGACCUUGAAAAUAUAUUUUUAAUUGUGUUGUUUUUAAUAACACUUUCUCUGAGUAAUUUCUGAUAAGGAAAAGCAUCCUUUGGCCUUUAGAAUUAUUUAUAGAUGUUUAAAUAAAUAUAUGUGUACAUUCA